AUGGAUUUCCUCAAGCCCGAUACAGUUCUCGAUUUAAAAAACAUCAGAGAUGAAUUAGUAAGAAUGGAAGACACCAUCAUCUUCAAUUUCAUUGAGAGAUCUCAUUAUCCUACUUGUCCUACAGUUUACCGAGAAAAUGAUCCUGCAUUAAAAAUCCCCGAUUUUAGUGGCAGUUUCCUCGAUUGGGCUUUAAUGCACUUGGAAAUGGUCCAAUCCCAAAUCAGACGGUUUGAAUCUCCUGAUGAGACACCUUUCUUCCCAGAUAAAAUCUUGGCACCCAUUUUACCAAGCAUAAACUAUCCUAGGGUACUAGCCUCUUAUUCCCCUCAAGUCAAUUACAACGACAAGAUUAAAGACGUUUACAUUAAGCAAAUUGUACCAUUAGUCUCAAAAUACGAUGGAGAUAGUUGGGAGAAUCUUGGUUCAAUCGCGUCCCGAGACAUUGAGUGUCUUCAGAGUCUAAGCAGAAGAAUCCAUUUUGGUAAAUUCGUUGCGGAGGCUAAAUUCCAAGCCGAUAGAGCACUAUACUCCAAGCUGAUAAAAGAGAAAGACAUAGAAGGACUCUACAAGAGUAUUACCAACGAAGCAGUGGAAGAGAAAAUCUUAGAGAGACUAUGUGUAAAGGCAGACGUCUACGGCGUUGAUCCUACUAACAAAGAAGGCCAGAGAAAGAUUACACCUGAAUAUUUGGUAAAGAUUUACAAAGAGCUUGUUAUUCCUCUGACAAAGGAGGUCGAAAUUGAGUAUUUAUUGAGAAGAUUAGAAAGUGAAUGA